AUGGUUCAUCAGGUCAGCGCAGUGGUGGUGGCGGUGGUGAUGGUGAUGGUCGCAGCGCCAGCCUCCUCCUUCCCCCAGGGUUACCAGAGUAAUGAGCCGAGCAGCCCCGCCCAGUACAGCUACAACUACGGCGUGAACGACGAAUUUGGCAACAACUUCGGGCACGGAGAGAAUCGCCAAGGGGAUAACACAGAUGGCUCCUACUCCGUGGUUCUCCCUGACGGCCGAACACAGACUGUAGAGUACUCUGUUAGCGGAGACUCCGGCUUCUUAGCUAAUGUGCAGUAUGCCGGGAAUGCCCAGUUCCCUCAGGCCCAGCCCCAGUAUUCACAGCCGGCUGCUCAAGCAAGGCCCCAGUAUGCUUAAAAGCCACGUAAUUAUUCAUUCUGAAGACCAGAUGGCACUCUAAUAAGGUGAUCCAUUUCAAAUUUGCCUCUUUCGCAUAUGAACUGUGGCCACCCUCUCUCGUCUCUGUAAAUGUACAAGUCUGUUGAUGUUGUUGACACUUUCUAUGUUCUUUUGUUGUUUUUGUUUUGUUAAGUCUCUUCAUUAAAGAAAAUGUGUGCACAAUAA